UGGAGCGAAUCGGUAUCCUAGCAACCACAGACGCCAGCGCUCUGCGUCCUCUGGCUGGGGAUUCAGUUUUCUGAUGUUUUAUUACCUUUACUGAAGGAUUUUUUAGCCAAGAAGAUGGACGUAUCACUCGAGGCACAAACUAAACCGCUUUCUACCUUGUCGUCAUUUAGUUACAUCCCACCGCGACGAAAGGAACCAAAAGAAAUGUCAUUCUUUAACAAAGACUCAAAGGUCCCAGAAGUCUCCAUGUAUGACCAAGUGUUCCACCAGGCCAAGGGUUAUGAUAUGAGACUGCACCGAGAUGACAGAAAACACUAUAAAGGAAGAGGACUAGACAUAAACGAAGAGGAGAAGUCCAGAGCUGUUCCUGUGCGCUCCUCUUCAGAGUACGGCCGUCGUCCUGUUCCCGUCCUCUACCAAACUGGCCGGCAGUACACGCGUGUGGCUUGCAUCAAAGCAGAAUUUUUCAUGAAAAAUGGGAUCAUCUGGAAUGUGGCAGAGGGAUACGGAUCAGUGGCCCCUAUUUGAAUGCCUGAAGUACCACAGCAUGAGAUGAAAGUGUUUGUUCUCAAUGUGAAAGCAUUUACUAAUAAACCAGUGUUGUAGUGCAUAGAUUUCAGUUUACUUGGUAGGUCCAUUGUAAAACACUCAACCAUCAUUUAAUCAGAUGACAUUUAAUCAUGAUAUAUAUUAUAUACUGGUAAUUAGCAAGACAUACUUAUUUUAAGUUAAAUAUUAUCUGUCAAAAGACCUUAAAGAUUAAAUCCAAAAAUAUGAAGACAGUGACAUUUUCCAUUAAGCUCAAGCGACAUUUUCUAGUUUGAGGCUGAAAUGACUCCAUCAGUAUGAGCGUCAUUCCAGUUAUUGCAGCUCAAUAUUGUACAUCAGAGAUCAGAGUCUUGGUGUUCAGAUUUCUGCCUUCAGUUAUGAUUGUUUUUAUUAUGAGACUGAAUGUCCGGGCACGAUGUGAAUUCUUAAACUGACAGGAUUUCUCUAUUGAGCACACCACUUACUACUGAAAGUGGGACUAAGAUUAAUCUACAUAAACUGUAGAAGUUACAAAGAAUUGCUUCAACCAAACCCACGAUCAUUCGUUCUGAGCAGAUUCAUGUUCAUAUUUACCAACCUACUAACCUACUAAACAUUACCUGUAUUUGAUCUCUCCUCUGUUAUCUCUUAUGCAGUUGAUUUUUUGUUACCCUUGCCUUGUGUAAACACAGUUCUUUAUGUGCAUCACUAACCUCUUUGGUUUGUAAGUUCUUGGAUUCUUUCUGUGUAUAAAUUCUGAACACACACAACUGAGACCACCCUCCUACAUAAUAGGAUUUUUUUGAGUACAGACAUCUCUCAUUUGCUUCUGCCUUUGUACUCUGGCAGAAACCUUUUUAUUCUUUGAAAUGAUGCAGUAUUUGAAUCUGUCAGGUGUUAGAACUGCAGUGUUUAUUUAAGUGGAUUAGCAGCUAAUACACAAGGUGGUGUUUCAAAAGCUGAAAGAAAAAAAAUGCUGACUAAAAUGAAAAUGUUGCCAUGCAAAUUAGUAUUUGGCCACACAAGUCUUUAUAAAACAAUGUGACCAUUACACAGAUGCUAACGUAUCAUCAUGUUAUAUUUAAAGGUGCUGCCAGCAGUUGCAUAGCUUAGCUUAGCACUGGCUCUGUCCGAAUAUAACAAAAUCCGCUUACUAGCACCUCUAAAGCUUAUUAAUUAACAUGCUAUAUCCCGUUGGUUUUAUCUGUGCAAAAAUCAAAAGGUAAAGAACGAUAAUAUGCUGUUUAAGGCUAGCUAUUUCCCCCUGUUUCCAGUCUUUGUGCUAAGCUAACUGACUGAUGGCUGUAGCCUUAUAUUUAACGUACAGAUUUGAGAAAGGUAUCAAGUCUUCUCAUCUAACACUAUGCCAGAUCGUAUUUCAUAAAAUGUUGAACUAUUGCUUUAAAAAAUAUAUAUAUAUAUAUAUAUAUAUAUAUAUAUACUAUUAAAAUACUGUAUAUACUGGUAUUAGAGCUACUGUAAAAAUAGAGACCAGUAUUACUAAUGCAUUCUGGGUUGUUUGAUGACUACAAUAAAUACAUCUGCCAAAUGAAAA